CCCGUCCUCCCCGUCCACAGGGCCUGCCCGCGAUGAGCGGCUCCCGGUUCCCCGAGUGGUGGUCGUCCAGGGCGGCGUCCGUCCGUGAGCAGCUGGGCCUCGGGCGCCGCCCCAACGACUCCUACUGCUACAACUCCGCCAAGAACAGCACCGUGCUCCAGGGAGUCACCUUCGGGGGCGUCCCCACCGUCCUGCUCAUCGACGUCAGCUGCUUCCUGUUUCUCAUCUUGGUGUUUUCCAUCAUACGAAGAAGAUUCUGGGAUUAUGGCCGCAUUGCCCUGGUGUCUGAAGCAGAUAGUGGGUCCAGAUUCCGGAGGCUGUCGUCCACCUCUUCCUCAGGGCAGCACGACUUUGAAAACGAGCUGGUUGCUCCUCCAACCAGAGCCCCGGGCUCCUCCAGCUCCUCCAACCAGAGCCCCGGGCUCAUCCAGCUCCUCCAACCAGAGCCCCGGGCUCAUCCAGCUCCUCCAACCAGAGCCCCGGGCUCAUCCAGCUCCUCCAACCAGAGCCCCACGCUCAUCCAGCUCCUCCAACCAGAGCCCCGCGCUCAUCCAGCUCCUCCAACCAGAGCCCCGGGCUCCUCCAGCUCCUCCAACCAGAGCCCCGCGCUCAUCCAGCUCCUCCAACCAGAGCCCCGCGCUUACGGACGUCGUCCAACCAGAGCCCCGGGCUCGCCGAGCUCCUCCAAUCAGAGCCCGGGCUCAGGCCCCUCCCCUGUGCGCAUCCUCCCUGCGUGUCAGCCUGCGCUAUGGCCUCACAGCCUCACCUCGGCAGAGCCUGCCGGCCAGGGCUGCUUCCCACACUUACCACAACGAUCUCUGUGCCUCCCUGCAGACAAAGACCCCUACAGCUUCGGGAGGACCACCAUAGCAAACCUGCAGACCGACACCAACCUCCUGUGGCUGCACACCGUCUUCUCCGUCCUCUACCUGCUCCUCACCGUGGGCUUCAUGUGGCACCACAUCCAGUCCAUCAGGUACAAAGAGGAAAGCCUGGUGAGACAGACUCUGUUCAUCACAGGACUGCCCCGAGAAGCCUCGAGAGAGGCCGUGGAGAGCCACUUCCGGGAGGAUGCCAUCUCCUACUACACCCGCAUGCAGGCGCGGCUGCUGGCGCGGAUCAGGGAGGAGCAGCGGCUGGUGCAGGACCGGCCCCUGGGGAUGGCCUUUGUCACCUUCCGGGAGCAGGCCAUGGCCACCUACAUCCUGAAGGACUUCAACACCUGCAAGUGCCAGGGCCUGCACUGCCGGGCCGAGCCGCAGCCCUCACCGCACAGCCGGGAGCUGGGCACCUCCAAGUGGACCGUGGCCUUGGCCAGCUACCCCGAGGACGUCUGCUGGAAGAACCUGUCCGUCCAGGGCCCCCGCUGGUGGCUGCAGUGGCUGGGCAUCAACUUCACCCUCUUCCUGGUGCUCUUCUUCCUGACCACACCCUCCAUUAUCCUGUCUACCAUGGACAAGUUCAAUGUCACCAGACCUAUCCACGCGCUGAACAUCUACAUGCUGCUGAAGCACAUGGUGGACCGCCACAACCUCUACUUCGCCUACCUCCCCGCCAAGCUGGAGAAGGGGAUCCACGUGGCCGCCGUGAACCAGGCCCUGGCCGCCCCCAUCCUCUGCCUCUUCUGGCUCUUCUUCUUCUCCUUCCUGCGUCUGGGUCUGAAGGCCCCCGCCACGCUGUUCACCUUCCUGGUGGUGCUGCUCACCAUCCUGGCCUGCACCGUCUACACCUGCUUCGGGUGCUUCAGGCACCUCAGUGCGGGGACCUACAAGACAGAGGAAUCGGUGAGUGAGAGAGGAAGCGAGGUGGAAGGCCGGGAACCGCCCCCGUUCACGGUGAGCUGCCUGUGCCCCUGGGCCUGCGUGCCGCCCCUGGGCCUGCGUGCCGCCCCUGGGCCUGCGUGCCGCCCCUGGGCCUGCGUGCCGCCCCCUGGGCCUGCGUGCCGCCCCUGGGCCUGGUUGUAG